AUAUAUAUAUAUAUAUAUAUAUAUACAUAUCCAGAUAUAUGUAUUUGCAUAUCUAUGUAUUUUAAGUCAUAUGUCAUUAUUUUGUUUAGCAUGAGCAUUCAAUGGAAUUUGAACAGAGGUUGCAGCUAACACUAAAACUGUAAACACACACACAAACAAAUGAAAAAGGAAAAUGAUAAAAACAAGCAAACUUCAUUAGAUAUAACAGUAGUAAUUAUAUCAAAUAAUGGAAAAUGUCAUGACUAUUUUCUAACUACAAUAGAAAUUUUUUAAAGAAAAGAUGUAAAAUAACUUUAUGGAGAAGAAUAUAAAAAAAAAGAAAUCAAAGCAAAAAAUUGUUCAAGCAGUUAUGGGAUAUGUCGCAUUGCCAAAUGUUGAAAUUAACUUCGGUGGUGUUAUUGUUACUAUUAUUACAGUGGUUUGUAUCAAGGGCUGCUUUUAAUGAAAUAUCCAUCAGAAAAUAUGAUCAUUCAAUAGCAGAGAGCUGAGAGAUGACUGAACAGGUAUCAUCACAGUAUCUCAAUAAUGGCAUGAAAGAUGGUUACAUAGCACUUAAGGAACAGCCAAUAUUACAACCAGCUAGCACUACAAAGCCAGACAGUGAUGUGGAAGCUCGAGUUAAUCAGUUUAUGCAAACUACAGGGCGAAGUUUACAAGGGCAGUAUUGGCGCCGGAGUGCAUUUGAACUUUCUAAAUGGCUUACAGCUCAAAUACAAUAUGAACGUCAAGGUUGGCAGUUGAAACUGCAAACAGCAUUAAAAGAGAUAGAAAGCUAUCGAAAAGAAGCUUUAAUUGCUGAUAAAAUAUUAACAGACAGCCUACAAGCUUUACUGAAUUGUCUGGAGACAUGUUCUAUAAAUUACACUAAAAAAGUAAUCUCUGUAAAUAAGAAGAAAAAUAUUUUUAUAGAAUAUGUAGAUUUGUUGACUGAGUUAUUGCAAUUUUUAAUUCAAGAACGCCUGCAGUGUCUUUGCCUAAUGGAGAGAAAACCUGAUAUAAAAGUGAACCUUGUAGAAUGCAUACAUCAAUUUUUGGAAAGUGAACUUAAAUCAGCCAAACAAGUACGGUCUCAAGCAAUAAAACAAGAACAGGAAUUACGUUCAAUAAUAUCUGAACUUAAGAAAGAUAAAGAGAAUUUUCAAAAGAUGGCUCUUUAUUCAAGUUGGAUUACAACUAAUAAGAUACAGAAGGAUUCUAACACUGUUAAAAAGUAUAAAAAAUAUUCAGUUGAACCAACAAUAAAUUUGAUUUUAUCAAACAGCAGCAACAACAACAACGGUAGAGUUAGAAGCAAGCAUCAGGCAAAUAGAUUCCAAAUAACAGAACAUAACAGUUCCACUAACAAUGUCACUUCUGAUCUUUUAAAAGAAAUAGAAGCUCAAGAAUCACUGACACGUCUAAGUAAUAUGCAAACUGAUAAAAAUGGAAAGACAUUUACUGUUAGCAAUCAAAUAAAUCUGAAUGAAAUCAUCAUAAAACCUAACAAAUUUGCUCAUUGUGAACAUACAACAAUGAGAGAGGGUUUUGACCCAACUGAAGAGCCAGUUGCUAAUGUUAUGAAAGCUCAAUACAAUCUACCCCCUAUUAAAGUUUGGCCACAACAAAUAAGGGUUAGAAGAUUAUCAACCUGAAACAGCAAAAAAAAAAAAAUGUUUAUUUAAAGGUAAAUUUAAUUUGUCACAUAUCUUUAUAUUUAUAAUUGUUUGAGCUAGUUUCCUUUCAUUAUGUGAAAGUGAUAAGUAUAACAAUUCUCAGCCAUCAUCCAGUGAAACCAUCAAGGACCAUUGACAUCCUGUAUUUGCAAGAUUUGGGGCUAAUAGUCAACAAGUUAUCACUCUGCAGUAGAUGCAGUUUAUUUCAGCUGAUUGGGCUGGAGUCAUGUGAAAUGACAUGCCUUGCUCAUGAUACAACUAGUUGCUUGGUUCAGGAAUUGAACCCAUGACACUAUGAUUACCAGUCCAUUCUAACCAUUAGACCAUGCAUCUGCACAAGUAAAACAGUACUUUUGUUUAAAUAUCUUAAGAUGAAUUGUUAAAACAAUUACACUUUACAUUUCUAAAGAUGAGAUUAUUACUAUUUUUUUAUCUAUUAAGUCCAU